AUGUCGGCAAGGGACAACACCGGCAACGGGAGCAAGCGCAAGUGGGACUCGCCCGCUGCUGGCGGAACCGACAGCGGCAGCACAACCUCUCCCGCAAAGAGGCCCAAAACGGACACCACCAAUGACGACAAGGCCGACGAAGCAGCACGGCAGGCCGCCGAGUUCAAACGCAUCCAGGCCCAAGUCGCUGCGAGGAUGGCCUCUCUCACCAAAUCCGGCCUGCUUCCCGCCACAGCCGCCGCACCGAAACCCAGUAAUGCCACCCCACCGCCAGCAGCAAGCGCGACCGUCGGCGGGAUCAAUAUCUCGGAGAUCAGUGCGCGGAUCGCCCGGCAGAAGGAGCAGCUGCUACUCCAGCAGCAGCAGCAACAACAACAAGCAGCUGCAUCCUCUUCAUCCCCAGCCAAUGUCGACCGCGCAAAACGGGGAUUGAAGAUGGAAUACCACCCCUCCCUCGUCUUCGACACCACCGGCCAGCUCAACAUCCGCGGCGGCGCAAAAGCCGCCCUGAUGCCCAAAGCCGAUUUCGCAACAGUCCGCGCCAACCAGCGGUCAGGGACACCAGGAACAGCGGGCGGUGCGAGUCCAGGGAUACCUGUGCUAGGCAAAGACGGCUUCACAACCCUCGGCCCCCCCUCCAUAAACCUCCUACCCAAAAAGGAGAUGAAGAUAGAGACCGCCUCUCCCGAUUUCGCCGACCCGACCAAGAACCCUUACUUCGAUCCUAACCUGGCCGCCAAAGCGGCAGCGGGCCCGAGGGAACGCGCGAGGAAGGGGUUUCGGUUCGUGCAGCAGGGGAGGUUUAUUAAUGAGGCGAAUCAGUUGAGGAGCAAGGCGCAGUUGGAGAAGUUGAAGAGGGAUAUUGCGGAGAGUGUGAAGAAGACGGGGAUGGCGGUGGAGAUGGAGCUGGUUGCUGAUCAGUCAAUGAGGACCGAACCCCCACCUCCCGUCGAAUGGUGGGACGCCCCCCUCGCCCCCGACGGCUACGCCAACUUCAACCCUGGGCCCCUCUCCACCACCCCCAUCCCACCCACCAACCUCCCCCUCCUCACCGCUCUAGUCCAACACCCGAUCCCCAUCCAACCCCCCGCCGAAUCCAGCGACCCGAAACCCAAACCCCUAAUGCUCACAAAAAAAGAAACAAAGAAACUCCGCCGCCAACGCCGCAUGGAGCUGCAAAAAGAGAAACGCGAGAAGAUCCGGUUGGGACUGCUGCCACCGGAACAAUCCAAAGUCAAAAUCUCCAAUUUCAUGCGCGUCCUCGGCACCGAAGCCGUGCAAGACCCGACGCAAAUCGAAGCCACCGUCCGCGCGCAAAUGGCCGCGCGCAAGCAAAAAGACCGGGACCUCGUCGCCGCCAACAAACUCACCGACGCCCAACGCAAGGACAAGAAACGCCGUAAACUGGAUGAGAGCGAGGUGACCGAUACGCUUCUCCACGUCGCGGUGUUUCGGAUCAACGAUCUGAGCCACCCGCAACAUAAAUUCAAGGUGGAUAUGAACGCGCAGCAGCAUAACCUCACCGGAUGCGCGAUCCUCCAUGCGGGGUCCAACCUGGUGGUUGUCGAGGGCGGGCCGAAGGGUAUCAAAGCGUACAAGAAACUCAUGCUGAAACGAAUCGAUUGGGUGAACACCGCCCCACCCGCUGGAGAGUCCUCAUCGGCACCGCAAGAAGACGAUACGCAAGAUAAACCGCCGAAUGAGUGUAUUCUGGUGUGGGAGGGGCAGGUGAAGGAACGGAAUUUCAAGGGGUUUAGGUUUAGGCCGUUGCCGACGGAGAGGGGGGUGAGGGAGUAUUUGGAGAAGUGCAGGUGUGUGCAUUAUUGGGAUGCGGCGCGGAAUUGGGUUAAGGAGGGGUUUUAG